GAUCUCCAUUCACACUCUUUAGGGCAGUAAGGCUUUAAAUCUCCAAUGCCGUCGUUUUGCCCGGCAAGCGAGGGCUGGGGCCCGCUGAGCCCCACACGGCCAGCCGACCUCACGACGUGCUUCCAGUACGGCGCGCUGGCAACGGGUCUCAACAUCGCAUUUGUAAUCGCAGCGACCAUCCGGCUGAAGCAGCUGCGCUCGGCGCCGCGCCUCCCCCGCGCCAUCGUCGCGCCGGGACUCUACUGGGCGAAGAUGGCGCUGGCAGUCUCGGCCGUUUUCGCAUCGGCGUCUGAAUUUGUGAUGUGGGCCAGCCUCUACCCGUACCAGAAUGUGUAUACGGUCGGGCUGGGCGUCCAGACUGUUGCGGUGGCACUGGCAGUGUAUCCUCCACAAGCGCGAGCAGCUAGGGCAACCGGAUCGCCUCGGACGGUGCUGCUGCUGUUCUGGCUGGCCACGGUGUGUCUGUCGCUGGUGCGGCUGCGCACCGAGUUCACGACGGGUGUUCUGGAGUCGGAUCCGCCGGCGGUUAUUGCCAUCGCUGCGUUUAUUGCGACAGCCACGGCGACGCUGGUGCUCGAGGCACAGCCGAAGCCGCACAUGCUGUAUGAGCUGGUUGACGAGGACGACGAGGACUACACGGGCUACAGCGCGUACCAGUCGCCCGAGGAGCGUGCCAACAUCUUCGAGCGGCUGACGUUUUCGUGGAUGACGCCGCUGCUGGAGCUCGGGUACAACAAGCCGCUGCAGCUCGAGGACACAUGGGAGCUGAUGCCCGAGUACCAGCCGGACGUGCCAUCGCUGUUCCGUGCGACGCUGCGCACGUACGGCGUGCCGUAUCUGCUGGGCGGUUUCUACAAGCUGAUCAAGGACCUGGUGUCAUUCCUGAACCCGAUCCUGCUGUCGCGGCUGAUUGGCUUUGUGGGCACGUAUAACACGCCGCAGGCGGAGCCGGUGGAGAACGGGUACUUUUAUGCGCUGUCGAUGUUCAUUGUGGCGACGAUCCAGACACUGGCGUUCCAGCAGCACUGGGUGCAGAACCAGAAGGUCAACUGCAUGCUCAAGACCAGCUACACAACGGCCAUCUACCGCAAGACGCUGGCGCUGUCCAACGACGCGCGGCAGAAAUUCAGCGUCGGCGAGAUCGUCACGCACAUGAGCGUGGACUCGCAGCGCGUGGCAGAUUUCUCUAGCAACUUCUCGCACCACCUGUGGAGCUCGCCGCUGCAGAUUGUCCUGGCGCUCCAUCUGCUGUACCGGACGCUUGGCUGGAGCAUCUUUGCUGGAGUGUUCGCUAUGCUCGUCAGCAUUCCGACGUCGGCGCGCAUCAGCCGGCGCAUGCGCAACCAGAACAAGCUGCUUAUGGGCUUCCGCGACCGCCGCAUGAAGAUCAUGGACGAGAAGCUGGAGCUGGCCACCAUCCGCAAGUACGGAAUCCUCCAGGCCGGCUUCUCGUUCAUCGUCACGCUGGUGCCCUUUGCUGUGUCGUUCUCGACCUUUGGCCUCUACGCCCUGGCUGAUGGCAAGUCGCAUGGCCCGCUGACGCCGCAGCUGGUAUUUGUCGCUCUGACGCUGUUCAACAUGCUGCGCUGGCCGCUGUCGCACGGGCCCAUGGUCAUCCCGGCCUUCCUCGAGUGCAUGGUCUCGCACCGCCGCAUCUUCGAGUUCCUAACCGCCGAGGAGAUCGACUUCUCCUCGAUCAACAACGAGCCGUACGACCGCGACUCGCCCUCAGCCUCCCCCGACGACGUGCUGGUGACCAUCAAGAACGGCACGUUCAAGUGGCUCAUGACCGAGCAGCCCUCGCUCAAGGACAUCAACAUCGAGUGCAAGCGCGACGAGCUGUUUGCCAUUAUCGGCCGUGUGGGCUCUGGCAAGUCGUCGCUGGUGUCGGCUAUCCUAGGCGACAUGCUCAAGGAGAGCGGCACUGUCGCCUACGUUCCGCAGCAGGCGUGGAUCAUGAAUGCCACGCUCAAGGAGAACGUCCUGUUUGGCCACAAGUACGAGCCCGAGUUCUACGAAAAGGUCAUUGACGCCUGCGCGCUGCGCCCCGAUCUCGACAUGCUGCCCGGCGGAGAUCUGACCGAGAUCGGCGAGAAGGGAAUCAACCUGUCGGGUGGCCAGAAGGCCCGUGUCUCGCUGGCCCGCGCUGUCUAUGCCCGUGCCGAUCACAUCUUCACCCAGGUGCUCGGCCCGCAGGGUCUGCUCAAGUCCCGCACGCGUGUCCUGGUGACCAACGCUGUGCAGUACCUGACCAUGGUUGACUCGGUUACAAUGCUGCGCGACGGGCAGAUCGUCGAGCGCGGCACGUUUGCGCAGGUCAUGGAGAGCAAGGGCGAGAUCUUCGACUUUGUCCACAAGUUCAUCGAGAGCUCCGCCGCCAACACGCCCGGCGGCAGCAACGACAACUCGGACGUCGAGUACUACGAGGACGAGGAAACUACCAACGAGCAGGACGGCACUCUGGCGCUGCCCGGUGUGGGCAUCACCCGCAAGUCCACCAGGCAGACCCUGGGCCGCGCCAGCAUCGGCACUGUCCACGCCGCGCAGGACCGCAAGAAGCGCGGUGCUGCCCAGGGCGUGCCCCGCCGGGAGCUGGAGGAGCAGGAGGCGCGCGAGUCGAACCGCAUCAUCGCCACCGAGGUCAGUCGCCAGGGCCGCGUCGAGUGGAGCACAUACACGACCUACUUCCGGGCCUGUGGCAUGCGCAACGUGGUCAUAUAUGCGAUUGCCAUCCUGUGUGCUUCCAUCAGCAACGUGCUGGCUAACCUGUGGCUCAAGAACUGGGCAUCGUCCAACACCGACACCGAAUCGAACGGCCUGCGCUCAUUCGCCGAGCGCCAUACCGUGAUCUACUACCUACUCAUCUACGGCGCCCUGGGCACGCUCGGCGGCGCCAUGUCGGCCAUCCAGUCGCUGGUGCUGUGGACGCUCUGCGCCAUCCGCGCCUCCCGCAAGAUACACGAGAGCAUGCUUGUGGGCGUUCUGCGUUCCCCGACAUCCUUCUUUGACGUCACCCCGCUCGGCCGCAUCCUCAACCGCUUCUCGUCGGACCUGCAGCGCUGCGACGAGUCCCUGCCACGCUCGUGCUCCGGCCUUGUCAGUACCAUGGUCGGCGUGAUCUCCGCUGUCGUCGUCAUCUCCAUGUCCACGCCUGCCAUGGUAGUGAUCAUGAUUCCGCUCGCCCUUGUCUACCGUUACCUCCAGCAGCGCUACCUGUUCAGCAGCCGCGAGCUGCGCCGUCUCGACUCCACCACGCGGUCGCCCGUCUUUGCUCACUUCCAGGAGUCCAUUGGUGGAGCCCCCAGAGCCUGCGCUUCACCGGUGAAAACGAAGCCCGUGUCGCAAAAACCAUCCGCGCCUACUACGCCUCGCUGUCCUAUCAACCGCUGGCUGUCGCUGCGCCUCGAGACCCUCGGCAACCUGGUCAUGCUGGGCACCACCAUGCUGGCUGUCCUGGCCGUCCACUACCUUGGCUACAGUGACUCUGGCCUUGUCGGUCUGUCGGUUGCCUAUGCGCUCGACUUCACCAGCUCGCUCAACUGGUCGGUGCGCUCCUACACCGAAGUUGAGAACUCGAUGGUGCAGCUGGAGCGUGCCGCCGAAUACGCCCGCCUGCCGUCCGAGGCUGCUACAAUCGUCGAGGACCACCGCCCCACUGAGGACUGGCCCGAGCAGGGUGUCGGUCUGGAUUUGGUGCUCAAGGAUCUGUCGUUCCGCGUCAUGCCCAACCAGAAGGUCGGCAUCGUUGGACGCACUGGUGCUGGCAAGUCGUCGCUGACGCUGGCGCUGUUCCGUAUCAUUGAAGGUGCGUCAGGCCAGAUUCUGCUCGACGGCCAGGACAUCUCCAAGUACGGUCUCUUUGAUGUUCGCAGUCGCCUCUCGAUCAUCCCCCAGGACCCGGUGCUGUUUGCUGGUACUAUCCGUGAGAACCUGGAUCCGUUCAACAAGUACUCGGACGACGAAGUCUGGCGUGCGCUCGACAAUGCCCACCUUGGCGACCUUAUCCGCUCCAAGGACGAGCGUCUGGAGUUUGUUGUGACGCAGAGCGGCGAGAACUUCAGCCGCGCCAAGAUCCUGGUGCUCGACGAGGCGACCGCCGCUAUCGACAAUGCCACCGAUGCUAUUAUCCAGGAGUCGAUCCGCAAGGAGUUCAAGGAUUGCACGGUGCUGACCAUCGCCCACCGCCUCAACACUGUCAUCGACAGCGACAUGAUCAUGGUCAUGGACGGCGGUCGGCUGGCAGAGUACGACAGCCCGCAAAACCUGCUCGGGAACGAGGACAGCCUGUUCGCCAAGCUCGUUGAAGAAUCCAAGACUAACGAGUCUGGCUAG